AAAAGUUCCCUAAAAUUAAAUUUAGGGCUAUACCCAUUAUUCCUCCACAAAUUCUCUCUCUAAAACACACACACACACACACUUGAAUCACUGCAAAUUAUUUAUGUCGGAGGAGAAGGGUAGGCCGUUGCCGAAGUUUGGAGAUUGGGAUGUAAAUGAUCCUGCUUCAGCUGAAGGAUUCACUGUAAUUUUUAAUAAAGCCAGGGAUGAGAAGAAAACAGGUGGUAACACAGACUCACCCUCAAAUGUAGAUCCUGGUUUAAAGCAUACUGGUGCACCUGUAAAAAAAACCCCAGCUAAAAAAUGGUGUUGCUGCAUGCAAGCACCUCAUACUGAAUCCUGACGUGGUCGUUAUCCUGUCCAACAGGCAUUCGGGGGCCUAGCUUGGCCUCACAAACUUUUACUUUCAUCUUGUGUGUAAUAGAGUGAGUCUUCUUGAUGGGGGAACGGGAACGGGAAAGGGAAGAUUUUCAAAUAUGUCUAUAUUACAUAUUCUACAGUUCUCUACUUUUCUGUGUGUUGUAUGCUAUCAAUUUAAAGCAGGGUCAUGUGUAGUCGUUUCGACCAAUUGCUUUGGUUAUACUAUCAGAAACUUUAAUGGUACCUGAAUAUGCGAUGGAUGGUAAUUCUUCAAUAGCUUGGUCUUGUGAUAUGUAAUUCUUCAAUAGCUUGGUCUUGUGAUAUGUAAUUAUGUAUAGUAUUUGUCAAGACUGUCAUAUUGGGUCAACCUUGUUUGGUCUUUGUUUGAGUUGGAAAGUUCCAUCAGUUAAUGUUUUACUUUGAUUUGGGACAGUUAGGUAUGGUCCAUAUUCUUGAAAAUCUGUAAAACUUGAUUUAAGAAAUCCUGAAUGAAAAUGAAACGUAUUUCCUAUUGAUUA